AUGAACACCACCAUUGACUUGUCCUUCUCAGUCAUCGGGAUUUCCUCGGCCAUUGUCUAUGUCCUCUACAUCGGCCUGGGUAAACUCCUACACGCUCUUCGUGCCCGUCGACUAGGAUGUAAACCAGCAUUCAUACGUCCCAGUUUUCCCUUAGGCAUCGGCAUCUUGAAACGCAAUCUGGAUGCUACCGACAACCAGGUCCUCCAGAUUGAAGACUGGAAGGUAUACCAUGAGCUUGACAAGCGUUCAACAUGGUAUCAAAAUGUCCUAGGGUACUGGCACCACGUCACAAACGAUCCGAAGAACGUGCAAGCCAUCUUGGCCACGCAGUUUAACGAUUUCGAGCUGGGGCCGGUCAGAAAGGGAUCUGUGGCUCCCUUUCUUGGGACUGGUAUUUUCAGCACCGAUGGGAAGGAGUGGCAACAUAACCGCGCACUUCUACGGCCUCAAUUUUCGCGUGGCCAGGUGGCCGACUUGCAACUCGAGGAAACCCACGUUCAGCAUCUGUUCCGUCGACUCCCUGUUUCAUCGGACUCGUGGACUGAUGAGCUCGAUCUAAUGCCCCUAUUUUUUAAUCUCACGCUUGACUCCGCAACUGAGUUUCUCUUCGGACAGAGCGUGCACUCUCAGAGCAUGACACCAUCGAUCCACAACGAGCUGGGAAAAAAAGAUCAGCUCGACUGGGCCUCCUUCGGCAAAAGCUUCGAUGCAGCCACUGUAGCAGUCAAUGCUCGAGCAAAGCUGAUGGAUCUAUACUACCUCUAUUCACCCCAAUCAUUUAAGGAGAACUGCAAAGAAGUCCAUCGUUUUGCCGAGUACUACGUGGAUCUGGCCCUCUCGGGGUUACCACCAUCCGGGCACAGCGACAAGAAAGAAAGCUACAUAUUCCUCCAAGAGCUUGCCAAAGAGACCAGGGACAGAACGGAGCUGCGCAAUCAACUACUUCAUAUCCUUCUAGCAGGUAGAGACACCACCGCCGGUCUACUCGGCUGGACUUUCUACCUCCUCGCCCGGCAUCCUCAUAUCUAUGCCAAACUGCGGGAAAUCAUCCUCGACCGAUUCGGCCCCGUCUCCAAUACUUCCGUUAUCUCCUUUGAGUCUCUGAAAUCAUGUUCCUACCUCCAACAAGUCAUGUCCGAAGCUCUCCGUCUCUACCCAAUCGUGCCAACGAAUAGCCGUCGCUGCGUGCGUAACACCACCCUGCCCCGCGGUGGCGGCGCCGAUGGUUUAUCGCCUGUCUAUGUGCGUGCUGGAGAAGAGGUCGUCUACAAUGUACAUAUCAUGCACCGACGGAAGGAUAUUUGGGGUCAGGAUGCGGACGAGUUCCAUCCAGAGAGGUGGGAGGGGUAUAAGCCCGGAUGGGAGUAUUUGCCAUUCAACGGGGGGCCGAGAAUCUGUCUGGGUCAGCAGUUUGCGUUGACUGAGGCGGGGUAUGUGACCGUUAGGCUGUUGCAGAAGUUUGAUCGCGUUGAAAAUUUGGAUAAGUCGACUGUUACAAAACAGAGAUCGGCAACAGCGACGCCGGUUAAGCUUUUGCUGAGGUUGCAUGAAGCGUAG